AUGUGCUCUAUUCUGGGACGCCCCCCUGCCGUGGAAGCCACAGAACCUGGCAGUCAGAUCGCCGGUUCUAGAGGGGAGCUGCCUUUCGACAUGUAUUCCAAGGCUUUUGAGGCCGCAUUCAGGGCAUCCAAACUCAUUGGCGAAAUCCUGAAAAAAAUAUAUUCCUCAACAUUAUUAGAGCAAGAGGAAGCUUAUCGAUUCCUCGAGCGUCUUGCUGAUUGGAAAGACUCGCUUCCCCAUGAGCUUCAACGAGACAUCAAACUUACUAGUAAUCUAUCCCAGAAUGAGCGGGACCUUGAUGCUGCAAGUAUAUACAUUGCAUGCCUCUAUUACUACACCGUCAUGUUAGUCUCGCGGCCAUUUCUGGUCUCGCGGCUCACUUCAGCCGAAAACAAUGCCAGCUAUGCAUCUGGCACUUUCUCAACCCAUGCUGAAGAUCCACGCCCGGACGAGCAGCUCGAGAGCAUCGCCCUGGACUCUGCCAUUUAUAUGAGCGAAACGAUCUCCAAUGCAGUUAAGAUUAGUACUGUUUCCUUUAACGCCUGUUUUAUUAAAACCCGGCUCUUCUCGGCAGCUCUCGUAUUGGCAAUUUCCAUGAUUGUUGAUCCCUCGGUAAGUUUCAAGGCGCAGCCAGCGUUUAACCUCGCGAAAGAGUCUUUCUACCUACAAUCCGGCUCGAGUUUAUACUCAGCACAGUAUCACCAGAUUCUGGAAGAUAUCGCUGCCAUAAUCAAAAGCUCUCAUGCAACCGCGGCGCAAAAUCAGAGUAAAACAAACCAGCGAUACGUGGGCCAUCUGCUCAAGUUUUCAAGUACGGAAAUGUGUCAAGAUGCGGCGCAAAGCGUUACUCUCAAUAGCGAUGCUUUGGAGACUCUGGACAUGCCCUCGAUCGAUGAUAACCUGAACAUGUUUCUGUCGAUUGGAGACGAGGGGAUUACUAACCAGCUCGGAUCUUUGGUCAAUUGUGACGUUGAUUCAUUUUGGUACGACCUAGCUAGACAGUAA